CUUCACUCCCACAUUCUUGGAGCUUUCCCAGAGCUUUCCCGGCUCACAGACCACAGCCCCUCCCAGCACUCAGUCCUCCACACUCGUAAUGCAGAGAGUGCAGCAGCUGCCCCAAGCCCCGUGCUUGGCAACAUUCCCCCCAAUGAUGGGAUGCCUGGAGGCCCCAUCCCACCGGGUUUCUUUCAGGGUCCUCCGGGGUCACAGCCCUCGCCGCACGCACAGCCUCCACCUCACACCCCCAGCAGCAUGAUGGGACCCCACAGUCAGCCUUUUAUGUCACCGCGAUACGCAGGCGGCCCCAGGCCCCCGAUCAGAAUGGGAAACCAGCCUCCGGGAGGAGUUCCCGGGACACAGCCAUUGCUGCCCAAUUCCAUGGAUCCCACACGACAACAAGGCCAUCCCAACAUGGGAGGAUCGAUGCAGAGAAUGAACCCUCCCCGAGGCAUGGGGCCCAUGGGGCCUGGCCCACAGAAUUACGGCAGCGGCAUGAGACCACCACCCAACUCCCUCGGCCCCGCCAUGCCCGGGAUUAACAUGGGCCCGGGAGCUGGCAGACCCUGGCCCAAUCCCAACAGUGCUAACUCAAUCCCAUACUCCUCCUCAUCACCUGGUACCUACGUGGGACCCCCUGGUGGUGGCGGCCCUCCAGGAACACCCAUCAUGCCUAGUCCUGCAGAUUCAACAAAUUCCAGCGACAACAUCUACACAAUGAUUAAUCCCGUGCCGCCUGGAGGCAGCCGGUCCAACUUCCCAAUGGGUCCUGGCUCGGAUGGUCCAAUGGGAGGCAUGGGCGGCAUGGAGCCACACCACAUGAAUGGAUCCUUAGGGUCGGGCGACAUAGAUGGACUUCCAAAAAAUUCUCCUAACAACAUAAGUGGCAUUAGCAACCCUCCAGGCACCCCUCGAGAUGACGGCGAGCUAGGAGGGAACUUCCUCCACUCCUUCCAGAACGACAAUUAUUCUCCAAGCAUGACGAUGAGUGUGUGAUCCCCCCUCUCCGAGACGCUGAGAGCCGGCAUUGCAGGUGGAAGGUGCCAGAAAUUAUGCAAGAAGAAGUGAGGUGUUACCAGGAGCUGGGGGAGGGCAUCUCCCGCUCCCCUCUCACCUCCCAUUCACUCCCCCACCUUUCCCAAUUUUAGUUUCAUGCAAUAAAAAGGCUGAACUUUUUAUUCCAUAAAACAUGAAGGAAAAAAGUCAAAAUAAAAAUAUAUUUCAAGUUAAUGACCAGAAAAAUCCCACCCCUUGCCCUUUCCUGAAAGGACCUUUUCUGUACAUUACUUUUUUUUUUUUUUGUGUUCUUUUUCUUUUUCUUUGGGGAUUUACCAUUGCUGGGAUUUUUGUUUUGUUUUGUUUUCGGGGGGCAUUAGGGGGAAAUUUUUUUUAAACGGAAGCUUCUAGCAAGCCCUCCAAUCCCACCCCAAUCAACCUCUGUUUUCUUCUUAAAAAAAAAAAUUUAAAAA